CCCAUGAGCGCAAACUCCGAGCUGCUGCACUAGCGGACGCGACAACAACACCGGGAGAGACAUCAGAGAGAUUUCUUUAUUAUUAUUAUUAUUUUAAACUUUGGUUACAUAUUUAGGGUGCGGGACGGGGGCCUCGCGCUAUGGCGAAACACCGCAAAGACAGAGACAGCUGGGGGUCCCUGGGCGACAAGAACAUGUACGACUGGAGUUCGGAGGAGGAGGAGUCGGACGGGCGGGCGCGGCCCAUUCAGGUGCUGCUGGUGAAGGACGACCACACCUUCGAGCUGGACGAGGCGGCGCUGAGCCGCAUCCUGCUGGCCGAGGAGGUGCGCGACCGGGAGGUGGCGGCCAUAUCGGUGGCGGGGGCCUUCCGCAAGGGGAAGUCCUUCCUCAUGGACUUCAUGCUGCGCUACAUGUACAACCAAGGGUCCGACAGCUGGCUGGGCCAAGCCGAGGAGCCCCUGACCGGCUUCUCCUGGCGGGGCGGCUCGGAGCGGGAGACCACCGGCAUCCAGAUCUGGAGCGAGGUCUUCCAGGUGGACCGGCCCGACGGGACCAAGGUGGCCGUGUUGCUGAUGGACACGCAAGGCACCUUCGACAGCCAGUCCACGCUGCGCGACUCGGCCACCGUCUUCGCUCUGAGCACCAUGAUCAGCUCCAUGCAGGUUUACAACAUCUCCCAGAACGUCCAAGAAGAUGACCUGCAGCACCUGCAGCUAUUCACGGAGUACGGCCGACUCGCGAUGGAGGAGACUUUCCUCAAACCUUUUCAGUCCAUGAUAUUCCUCAUCCGAGACUGGAGCUUCCCGUAUGAGUUUCCAUACGGACAGGAGGGAGGCAUGAAAUUCCUGGAAAAGAGGCUCAAGAUCUCAGAGAACCAGCACGAGGAGCUGCAGAACGUGCGCAAACACAUCCACUCGUGCUUCACCAACAUCUCCAGCUUCUUGAUGCCGCACCCCGGCCUGAAGGUGGCCACCAACCCGCACUUCGAUGGACGGAUCAAAGAGAUUGACGGAGAGUUCAUCAACAACUUGAAGAUUCUGGUCCCCUGGCUCCUGAGUCCUCGCAACAUCGACGUGAAGGAGAUCAACGGCAGUAAGAUCACCUGCAGAGGGCUGCUGGAGUACUUCAAGGCUUACAUCAAAAUUUACCAGGGAGAGGAGCUGCCUCAUCCCAAAUCCAUGCUGCAGGCCACGGCGGAGGCCAACAACCUGGCAGCGGUGGCGGCGGCCAAGGAUCUGUACAACAAGAAGAUGGAGGAGGUGUGCGGCGGCGACCGUCCCUUCCUGGCACCCAGCGAGCUGCAGGCGCGCCAUGCCGUCAUCCGCGAGGAGGCCCUGGCGCUGUUCCGCGGCGUCAAGAAGAUGGGCGGCGAGGAGUUCAGCCGCCGCUACCUGCAGCAGCUGGCGAGCGAGGUGGACCAGGUGUUCGUCCAGUACAUCAAGCACAAUGACUCGAAAAACAUUUUCCACGCCGCCCGCACGCCCGCCACCCUCUUCGUGGUCAUCUUCGUCAUGUACGUGGCGGCGGGCGUGACGGGCUUUGUGGGCGUGGACGUGGUGGCCAGCCUGUGCAACAUGAUCCUGGGCCUGGCCCUCAUCACGCUCUGCACCUGGGCCUACAUACGAUACUCGGGGGAAUACCGAGAGCUGGGGGCCGUCAUCGACCAGGUGGCCGGGGCGCUCUGGGACCAGGGGAGCACGAACGAGGCGCUGCACAAGCUGUACAACGUAGCGGCCAAUCACAGGCACCUGUACCAGCACGCCUUCCCCGGGCAUCAGGCCGCCGACGACGGGGCGGCGGCGACGGCGGCCGACGAGCGCGACAGGAAGCGGGACUGACGGGCCGCUUUUAAUCUCGCUCACCGCGGACUGUACAGCGCUCACGUACACGCCACUCAAAACUCCCGAGCAUCUUCACCAAGUCAGCAUCUUCCAGCUCAGCGGCCAUUCACCACCCGGAUGGGGAGGUAGUAAACAUGUGUUGGGGGGGGGGGGGGGGUCAAAGGUCUUCGCUUGUUUACGUUCUUUGUCCUCACUCGUAAGUCAAUUAGAGAUGGACUGAUACGGAUUAUUAGUAGUCAAGGAGAUCAAUAUUUGCAACAAAUAUUCAUUUGCAGUAACAUGGAAAAUGUUGGUCCCGAAUUUGGAAUACAAAAAACAAUAUUGAUGAAAAGGCUUUAGUUGGACGCUAGACAUCUUUGUUUUAAAAUUUGAACAAAAACUGCGGGGAGCUCCCAACCUCCGGCAGCACGUCUUAUAAAGACACACCAAAACGUCAACAACUCGCGACUUGAAUUUGGACGAUGAUCAGUGUAUCUCUCGAAUGACGAGGGCGCACUAGUAGAAUCAUUCUCGUUUUCCUGUUUCCUGUUACUACUGAGGCAAAAGCGUGCAUUGGUUGACAGCUACAAGUACAACUUGUGAAACUAUAAAAUACUCGUCAACAUAACAGAGCUUCACUAGUUUUACGACAAUCCUGCAGAUGUCAACGAGCGGGCAGUUUCGCCUCACUCGUAACAUGUACCGUAAUUCCUGGCCUUAUAAGCCUCGCCCAGUACAUUUGUCAAGGAAAUACCAUUUGGUACAUACAUAGGUCGCAGCCGUGUAAAAGCCACAAGUGCCCCCAUUGAAACACGAGAAAUUACGAAGAAAGACGGUGCACAGAGUUUAACCCUAGCGCAGCGCUAACCCCACGCUAACACUAGCCCCACGCUAAUGCUAACAUGUACCGUAAUUCCCGGCCUACAGCCUCGCCCAGUACAUUUGUCAAGGAAAUACCAUUUGGUACAUACAGCCGCCACCGUGUAAAAGCCACAAGUGCCCACAUUGAAACACGAGAUAGUUACGAAGAAAGACGGUACACAGAGAGUUUAACCCUAGCGCCGCGCUAACCCCACGCUAAUGCUAACAGGGCCGGUUUAAAAAAUAAAAACAUACUGGUAAAAAUCACAGAGACGCUAGCGCAGCGCUAACAGAGCCUGACUGGUAAAAGUCACUUCCUCCGGUCUCACUCCUCCCUUUUCCCCUCGAUUGCCCCCUUGCGGGCCGUUAGAAAAAAAAAAAAAUGCACAAAUUAGCCGCAUCACCGCAUAAACCGCAGGGUUGAAAGCGUGUGAAAAAGGUCACGGUUUAUUGAUCGGGAAUUACGGUACUUCCUCUACUAGUGCCUCGAAAUGUCAUACGAUGUCGGGGUGGGGUGAAAAAAUUUCGCGAGUUCAGACAGUCGUUGUACUCUUAGUGCACUGAAUUCUCUUACUAGUGAGGACAAAGCGAGUACUAGGACAUGAGCAAUUUGGCGCACUAGUAGGAUAUGGAAUAAACACUGAAACUGCUCACACCAAAGGUGGGGGAAGCGGGACUCGUUUGUUUCUUCUUCUUCUUGGGGAAGAAUAUCAAUUCAUAUUUUCAAUGCUCGCGGGUCACCUCAUUAGGGACACCUGCACACUCACGAGAGCCGAUAAAAAUGCUAAUAAUGCUUUUUUUUGUUCGUUUUUCGUCGGCAUCGUCAGAGAAUGACAAAUUAUCCUAAGAAAACAUUUCAAGCGGAAGUAUAUUUAAACCCAAUUGUGAUAAUUUUAUCAUACUGAUCAUUUGUAAUUGUUGAUAACUGUACAGAUACUAUUUUAAUCCCCGUUGAGAUAUUUAUUCAAAUUCAUUCAUUUUGUUUUUAUUAGUAUAGGGUGAUUGCAUGUACAUAACGUGCUUAUACUACUUCAAAAUGUUUUAUAGUUUUACAGGUCAAAAUAUAAAAAAAUAUAUAAUGGUUUGCACACAUUUGCAAUACCCUAAUUUUCAAUUUUUUUUCUACAAUUAUAU